UAGCCUUAAAUGGCUUCCCUACGUCUCCUCUUUAGAAUAUCUCAACCUCCGUGGUAAUGAUCUUAGCAAAGAAACUAAUUGGCUUCCAUUAGUGACUAUUCUUCCAUCCCUUUCAUUCCUUAGUAUGGGUAAUUGUCAGCUUAAAGACAUGAGUUUGUCUCUCCAGUAUGCCAACUUUACUGCCCUCCAGGUUCUUAACCUUUCUGACAAUGAAUUCAAGUCAGAGUUACCUAAGUGGCUAUUCAAUCUUAGUUCCACUAUCCAUAGUUUAUACCUUAGCUCAUGUUCUUUAAUAGGACAUUUACCUAAGGAUUUGUUAAAUCUUCGAGAACUGGAAGACCUGAUUAUAAGAAACAAUAAUUUUGAUGGACCCAUUCCAGAUUGGUUAAGUGAAUUCGAACAUUUAAAAACUCUUGUUCUUGAAGCAAACACGUUUUCUGGAUCUAUUCCUACAAAUUUGGGAAAUCUAUCAACCUUGAUUGAGUUAGAUAUUGCCUCAAAUCCAUUGACAGGAGUUGUGUCUGAGAGAAAUUUUGCCAAAUUGUCAAAACUAAAGGAACUGUAUAUAUACUCAUAUUCCACGUUAAUCUUUGAUUUUGACUCGGAUUGGAUUCCACCUUUUCAACUUGAGGAAUUAGCACUUAAGUUUUCAAAUCCCGGCCUUCCUGCGUGGUUGUAUACACAACGAUCUAUUGAAUUUUUAGUUAUAUUUGAGUCAUCAUUUGAGGCUCCACACAAAUUUUGGAAUUUGGUAUCAUCAGUGAAUGAACUCGUAUUACAAGACAACUCGAUAGUUACGAACAUGUCAAAUGUGUUGUUGAACUCUACAUACAUUGAUCUAUCAUCGAAUGGUUUGAAAGGUUGCUUACCUCAAUUAUCAACAAAAGUGGUUUUUGUCUCGUUAUCAAAUAAUUUGUUAUCAGGAGAAUUGUCUCCCCUCUUAUGUGGUCAUAAUGUGUUGAAUGGGAAAAACAAUUUGUUGUAUUUGGACAUAUCAUUGAAUAAUCUAUCUGGAGGACUUACGAAUUGUUGGAAGAAUUGGAAAUCUUUGGUUGCUAUUCACUUGGGAGGCAAUAGUCUAUCAGGAAAGGUACCUCCAUCACUAGGCUUGUUAUUUAAUCUCACCUCACUCCAUUUGCAUGAAAAUAAACUACAUGGUGAGAUUCCUCUUUCAUUGCAAAAUUGUCGCUCUCUGUUGGUCUUUAACGUUCGCAAUAACCAAUUAUCAGGAAACAUACCACUUUGGAUAUCUCAUGGUGUAAUGGCUCUUCAAUUAAGGUCCAAUGAUUUUAGUGGUAAAAUCUCACCACAAAUAUGUGAAAUGUCUUCCCUCAUUGUGUUGGAUGUUGCACAAAACACUAUCUCCGGCCAUAUACCUACUUGUCUUGGUAAUAUCAAAACCCUACUUUUCAACAAUGUUUCACGUAACAAGCUUUCUUUUGAAUUUCCUUCAUCAUCUCCUGGUCGUUACUUAAUCAAUGACGACAGUCUUGAAUUGGUUACUAAAGGUCAAGUAUUAAAAUAUGAUAGCAACCUGCACUUUAUGACCUUAAUUGAUAUGUCAAGUAACAAUUUGUCCGGAACAAUACCGCCAGAAAUGUUUAGUCUCAUUGGAUUGUUUUCCUUGAAUUUAUCCAACAACAAAUUAUCAGGAGAAAUACCAAAGGAGAUAGGAAACAUGAAAAACUUGGAGUCCCUUGAUUUUUCAAUAAACCAACUUGGGGGAGAAAUUCCUGAGAGCUUAUCCAGAUUGUCCUUUUUGGGUUACUUGAACUUGUCAUUCAACAAUUUGACAGGCAAAAUACCAUCAGGCACACAACUUCAGGGAUUCACUGCACUUAGUUACAUGGGCAAUCAUGAUCUUUGUGGGCCCCCACUUGCAAAAAUUUGCUUUCAGAGUGAUAAACAUAAAGACACACAGUUUGUAGACGACGACGGAAAUCAAUCUGAAUUUUUGCCAUGGUUUUAUAUAGGAAUGGAAUCCGGAUUUGUCACUAGCUUUUUGGGAGUUUGUUGUGCUAUUUUCUUAAACAAAAAGUUCAGGCAUGCUUUCUUCAAGUUUCUUUAUGACUUGAAAGAUCAACUUCAUAUCAUGGUGGUGACAAACAUUAGUAGCUUCAGUUAAGGUGAAAUAAGUUACAUAACAAUCCUGGUAUUUUUCAUUCAUCAAAAAGGGAAGGAGUCAUGAAGCUUAGGAGAAGAGAAGAUGGUGAUGUAGUCCUUACAAGCAAUGUCAGCAGUGAUGAGCUUAAUAUUUAAAUUUGGUUAUUAUUAAUAGUUGCUAAGUUACAGUGAUGGUUAUCAACUUUAUCCUUCGUUUUUUGUUUGUUCUGGAUUAUGUCA